CGCCUCCCGUCCGUCGCCCUCUUUCGCACGCGCGUCGUCGCAAGUCGAACUUAGGCAGCCAACAUGGGGAUCGACCUCGAAGCGGGCGGGCGCAACAAGGUGAAGCACCGCACCGCGCCAAAGUCCGAAAACGUCUACCUCAAGCUCCUCGUGAAGCUCUACCGCUUCCUCGCGCGCCGCACGGACUCGGACUUCAACAAGACCGUCCUCAAGCGUCUGUUCAUGUCCAAGAUCAACCGCCCUCCGUUGUCGCUGUCUAAGCUCGCGAAGUUUCACAAGGGGGGCGUGUCCGCGAUCGUCGGGACCGUCACGGACGACGCGCGCAUGUUCGAAGUGCCCGCGAUGAAGGUGUGCGCGCUUCGAUUCACGGAGACGGCUCGCGCGCGGAUCAUCAAGGCUGGCGGCGAGUGCAUGACGUUCGAUCAGCUCGCGCUCUCCGCGCCCACGGGCGACGGGGUCACGCUGCUCCGCGGCCCGAAGAACUCUCGCGAGGCGGUUAAGCACUUCGGCGCGCCCGGCGUCCCGGGGUCGCACGCGAAGCCGUACGUCCGCCACAAGGGUCGCAAGUUCGAGAAGGCUCGCGGUCGACGCAAGAGCCGCGGCUACAAGGCGUAAUCGGGUGGGUUCUUUCUGGGUUUGGUGGUUUCGCGGGCUGGUUAGCGCGCGAGGCAAUGAGAUGACGUCGCGGCGGAACGAGAGUAGUCGCCGUCGUGUAAUAGAGACCGUGCUCUCGCUCGCU